AUGGACACAGAGGAUGACCCCUUGUUACAGGACGCCUGGCUGGAUGAGGAAGAUGAAGAGGUAGCCUUCAGCUCCUGGAAGAGGCGGGAGGGUGCUCUGUUGUGUGGGAAAAGCCCAUGCAGAGUCAGGCCCCUGCGUGUUACGCUGCCCACGUCUGGCUUCUGGAAUAUUGUUGGCUGGAUAUUUACCAACCCGUACUGUGCUGGCUUAAUCCUUUUCCUGGGCUGUGCCAUCCCAGCUGUGCUUGCUGUUGUCAUGUUCCUCCACUACCCAGCCCUGGAUAUUGACAUCUCUUACAAUGCUUUUGAGAUCCGCAACCACGAGUCCUCUCAGCGCUUUGAUGCACUUGCCUUGGCCCUCAAGUCCCAGUUUGGGUCAUGGGGGAGGAACCGCCGGGACCUGGCUGACUUCACCUCUGAAACCCUGCAGAGGCUCAUCUUUGAGCAGCUCCAGCAGCUUCACCUCAAUGCUUCCCGUCUUGGGGUCAGCACGCGGGUCAAACGCAGCACCCCAGAGGGCAGGACGAGUUCCCCCAAGCCCCAUGCCCACCUGAACACAGGAAACCGGACUUCCCGAGUUGGGAGGGGUGCCCCACGCUGGGACUACUCCAGCACUUACAUCAGCGCCAACACACAGACACAUGCCCACUGGCGCAUCGAGCUCAUUUUUCUGGCUAGGGGGGACUCUGAAAACAACAUCUUCACCACUGAGCGCCUAGUUACCAUCCAUGAGGUCGAGCGCAAGAUCAUGGACCACCCUCGCUUCCGGGAGUUCUGCUGGAAGCCCCACGAGGUCUUGAAGGACCUGCCUCUGGGCUCUUAUUCCUACUGCUCCCCUCCCAGCUCCCUCAUGACCUACUUUUUCCCCACUGAGAGAGGAGGGAAGAUUUACUAUGAUGGCAUGGGACAAGACCUUGCUGACAUCCAAGGGUCCCUGGAGCUGGCCAUGACUCACCCUGAAUUCUACUGGUAUGUGGAUGAGGGCUUGUCUGCUGAGAACAUGAAAAGCUCCCUGCUGCGGAGUGAAAUCCUCUUUGGGGCACCACUGCCGAACUACUACUCGGUGGAGGACCGCUGGGAGGAGCAGCGCCGCAAGUUCCAGAACUUUGUCAUCACCUACGUGGCCAUGCUGGCCAAGCAAUCCACAAGCAAAGUCCAGGUGCUGUAUGGAGGGACGGAUUUGUUUGACUAUGAAGUGAGGAGGACCUUCAACAAUGACAUGUUGCUGGCCUUCAUCAGCAGUAGCUGCAUAGCUGUCUUGGUCUACAUCCUUACCUCCUGCUCAGUGUUCCUGUCAUUCUUUGGCAUUGCCAGUAUUGGGCUAAGCUGCCUGGUGGCUCUGUUCCUGUACCACGUCGUAUUUGGGAUCCAGUACCUGGGUAUACUCAAUGGUGUGGCUGCCUUUGUCAUUGUGGGGAUUGGGGUUGAUGAUGUUUUUGUUUUCAUCAACACCUACCGCCAAGCCACCCACCUCAAGGACCUGCGACUUCGCAUGAUCCAUACUAUCCAGACAGCAGGGAAGGCCACCUUCUUCACUUCCCUGACCACGGCUGCAGCAUAUGCUGCCAACAUCUUCUCUCAGAUCCCAGCCGUGCAUGACUUUGGACUCUUCAUGUCGCUGAUUGUGUCCUGCUGCUGGGUAGCUGUGCUCUUCACCAUGCCAGCUGCUCUUGGAAUAUGGACCCUUUAUGUGUCCCCACUAGAGAGCUCCUGCCAAACCAGCUGUAGUCAGAAGUGCACCAAAAAGAGUGCCUUGCACCUGGCUGAAGACCUCUUCAUUGCUUCAGAGGCCACGUCCAGAGUAGGCAGAGAGACACUUCCCUAUCUCGAUGAUGACAUCCCACUGCUCAGUGUGGAGGAGGAGCCCGUCUCCCUGGAAAUGGGGGAUGUCCCCUUGGUAUCUGUGGUGCCGGAAAAUCUGCAGCUCCCUCCAGAGAAGAGCAACCGGGGUCACUUGAUAACUCAUCUGCAGGAGCUGCUGGAACACUGGGUGCUGUGGUCUGCAGUGAAGAGCAGAUGGGUGAUUGUGGGGCUCUUUCUCUUUGUUUUGCUCCUGUCCAUAUUCUUCGCUAGCCGCCUCCAUCCAGCUAGCCGUGCUCCAGUCUUGUUCCGGCCAGACACUAACAUCCAGGUGCUGCUAGACCUGAAAUACAACCUGAGUGCUGAAGGCAUCUCCUGCAUUACCUGCUCAGGUUUGUUUCAGGAAAAGCCCCACAGUUUGCAGAACAACGUCCGAACAUCCUUGGAAAAAAAGAAGAGGGGCUCAGGGUCAACUUGGGGAAGCAAAGGGAGCAUAAGUGAUACAGGGCAGCAAGAUCUCCAGGGGACCGUGUAUAUCUCCAAGUCCAGAAGCAAGGGAAGGCCAGCCAUCUACAGAUUCUCGCUCAAUGCCAGUGUCCCUGCCCCCUGGCAGAUGGUGUCACCGGGAGACGGGGAGGUGCCUUCAUUCCAGGUGUAUAGAGUGCCUUUCGGUAACUUCACCAGGAAGCUGACAGCUUGUGUGUCCACAGUAGGGCUGCUUAAGCAGACGAGCCCCAGGAAGUGGAUGAUGACCACCUUGUCCUGUGACACCAAGAGAGGCUGGAAGUUCGACUUCAGUUUCUACGUGGCCGCCAAGGAGCAGCAGCGAACACGGAAACUGUAUUUUGCCCAGUCGCACAAGCCCCCUUACCAUGGCCGAGUGUGUGUAGCACCUCCUGGCUGUCUUCUCAGCUCUAGCCCAGAUGGACCCACCAAAGGCAUCCUUUAUGUUCCCAAUGAGAAAGCAGCACCCAAAGCAAAGCUAUCGGCCACUUCUGGAUUUAACCCUUGCAUGAACACGGGCUGCGGGAAGCCAGCAGUGCGGCCGCUGGUAGACACGGGAGCCAUGGUGUUUGUAGUGUUUGGUAUCAGAGGUGUUAAUCGCACAAGACGCCUGGACAACCACGUAAUCGGAGACAUGGGCAGCGUUAUCUAUGAUGACAGCUUCGACCUCUUCAAAGAGAUUGGCAAUCUGUGCCGCCUCUGCAAAGCCAUCGCCAGCAACACCGAGCUGGUGAAGCCAGGAGGGGCUCAGUGCCUGCCCUCUGGUUACAGCAUCUCCUCCUUUCUGCAGAUGUUGCACCCUGAGUGCAAGAACAUCCCUGAGCCAAACCUGCUGCCUGGACAGCUCUCUCAUGGGGCAGUGGGGGUGAAGGAUGGGAAGGUGCAGUGGAUCUCCAUGGCAUUUGAAUCGGUGAGUACAUGGCAUCGUCAUCUAUCCUUGUGA